ACACACACACACACACACACACACACACACUCACACACUCAGAAAGUAAUCUAAGUUGAGCCAUCUCCAUACUGUAAAUGGAGUUUUCCUUCCUGUCCCUACCUUCUGCCCCCAAAUAACCACACAGAGACUUAAAAUUACUUAUAAAUGCUUGGCCAGUAGCUCAGGCUUGUUACUAACAAGCUCUUUCAACUUAACCCAUUUCUAUUAAUUUAUAUGCUGCCCCGAAGCUCAUGGCUUUUAAUUCUAUCCCAUUUUGUGUGUCCAGCUCCUUCUGUGUCUGGCUGGUGACUACUCUCACUCCCGUGACUCUGCCCUUCUUCCUCCCAGCAUCCUUUUAGUCUGGUUUUUCCACCUAACCUCCUCCUGCCCAGCUAUAGGCCAAUCAGCUCUUUCUUAGUCAAUGAGAGUAAUACAUAUUUAUAGUGUACAAAAAGAUUGUUCCACAGCACCAUACUGACAAGGUCUAGGGGCAAAGGAAAGGUCCACUAAGACAUCUCUUAUAUAACCUUUUGUCUGGCUCUGUUGGUAACUGGUUUUCUGCCAUAAAGCAAAAUUUAAGGGGUCACCCCCCCACUUAGGCACUGCAGAGUGUCACCUGAUAGGGAGCUGCCUCAGCAUCCUGCCCCCUAGGUGUGUCUGCCCACUUCAGCCCAGCACCGUUCUCUGACCUCACCCAGAGAUUCCGAAGGUCUCGGCUUCUUCCUCUCCCCAACAGCUUACAAAUACAUUUUUGUCUUCUCAACACAGCAGCCCCAGGGAUUCUGUCAUUGUUCAAUCUUGCCCUCCUGCCAGCCCUCUUCUGGCUUCCCCUCUGGGUUGCUCUCUGACUCCUACGCUAGUCACUCAUUCACCCUCCUUGGGGCUGGUAAGGUUAGUUUAUUUGUCAACUUGACACUAGCUUGGGUCAUCUUGGGUCAACUGAGAAAAUUCCUGUACCCGACUGGCCUGUGGGCAAGUCUGUGAGGUUUUCUUGAUUAAAGAUUGAUAUGUGAGCGCCCAGCCCACUGGGCAACACUGUCACUAGGCAGGUGGUCCUGGAUGGUAUAAGAAAGCAAGCUGAGCCAGGUGGUGGUGGUACACACCUUUUAUCCCGGGACUCGGGAGACAGAGACAGGCAGAUCUCUGUGAGUUCAAGGCCAGUCUGGUCUACAGAGUGAGUUCCAGGACAGCCAAGGCUGCACAGAGAAACCCUGUUUCAGAAAAACAAAGCAAGCAAACAAAAAAGAAGCCGAGCAAGCCAUGGAGAGCAAGCCUGUAAGCGGUGUUCCUCCAUGGCCUCCGCUUCAGUUCCUGUCUCCAGGUUCCUGCCCUGACUUCCCUUGCUAAUGGUCUAAGAUCUAGGGUGAAAUAAACCCUUUCUUCCCCAAGUUGCUUUUGGUCCUGGGUCUUUAUCACGGCAAUAGGAAGUAUCAGGACACUUGUCCUCACACUUGCUUCUUUGUGGCUCGUCCCCUGCAUUAGAUCUUGGCCUUCCUUGAUUUCUCUGCCUGUGGUACCCUUUCAACACGGCUUAUUAUUCCCCUCUCUCCUAAGAGACGUAGACCACCUUUUGGGUGGGAGUACCCCAAACCCCUUUUUGACUGUGCACCUGCCCACCCCACAUAUCUGACACCUUUCUGCUGUGGUUUGCUCCACAGCAUUCACAUUUUACUUACUCCAUCCUCCACUCCCCUAGAAAAAAGACUAAGUGAUUCGGGGGUGGGGAUUUUGUCUUGUUUCAUUUACAGCUGUGUGCACAGUACCUAGAUUAAAGUGCUAGUGCCCAUGUGGUGGACCAAUGAUUGAGUGCCUGGGAGAACCACCCUAGACCACAUGUGGACACCCAAGGCCCCUCCUGGUAAGUCCCCAUGUGACUCCUGGCCCCUUGCCAGUGCGUAGACCCUGCUCUGAAGUGGCUGGUGGGACAGCAGGACUCUGCAAUCAGGCACUUCUCCUUUCUCCUUUGUCUCUGUUGGCCUUCGUUCCUCAGAAACUUCAUUUCUGGAAAACCAACAGAGCCCCGUGCCAGAAAGGUCUGUCCAACCUCCUUGUUAUUUCAGCUGUUUUCAAGGUUCUCUAGGAGGAUGCUUGGCCACAGGGAGGUCUGUGGGAAGCCAGGGUCAGGUGAUUGAGUGGACUUCCAGCACGGGGUUGCUCAGACACUGCUCAGCAGACCUUCAGGUUGCCUUCGCCCAUGCAUGUCAGCUGAGAGCCUGCUCGCGGGUCCUUUCUCUACCCCCAGCCAUGAGCAAGCCUGGAAACGAAAGAGAAACCGACCUUUACCAUACCUCGCAGCCUUGCUUUAUAGCUGGUCUCUGGCUGGGGAUGUAGGUGAUGGACUAGCAGCUGCUUCGCAUGCAUGAAGGGCUUGGGUUCAACCUCUAGAAUCAAGACCAGCGAAGUGGGGGUUGGAGAGAACAGGAACUGGUGAGGUUGAUUGGCAGUUGAGGUUUGCACUGCUUGCCUUGGGAAAGUGGAGGUCUUGGGCGUUGUUGAUGCCUGCUUGGUAGGGAUCCAUCACAGUGAGCCAUGCAAGCUGAUGGGCUUCCUUUAGUGAUGUGCCGAGAUAGGUGGCCCAGUACCUUCCACUGAAGCGGUGAGAAGGGUGCAUGUUUAGUUUGUCAAAGAUUCCCUCUUGGCUCCCGCUUCUGGGACAGAGCUCCUGGCCUGUGCUUGCUCUCUUCUCCUUUUCUGUGUGCACAUUUUUUCGAGACGUGGGUUCACAUGCGCAUCCAGACCGGAAGUCAACCUCAGAUGUCUUUCCUUGGGACACUUCCCACCUUGUUUGAUGAGACAGGGGCUUUCACUGGCCUGGAAUUUGCUAAUUCCUAAUUUGGUUAGGCUGACUGGCCAGAAAGCCUCAAGGAUCUGUGUGCUGGGAGGAGAAGCCCGGGCCACCACACUAGUCUUUGUGUCACGCCCUCAUAAGUUCAAUUCCCCAGAACCCAUAUAAAACCCAAGCACUUUGGCUGUCUCUCUAGCCCUCCUUCUUGAGAUAGUCAUAAGGACAGAGUUGGGACACUGACAUCGGGUGACAUCCCCAGGCAACACGUGGGGCCACUUUCUUUAGGACAAAGAGCUCAGAGUCUCAGCAUGACUCUUUACUGAAGCGGGGUUCAAGCCCAAUCUUCAAGCGUCUGGUUUGUCUCUUCCCUUCAGUUAAGGAAAGUAAAUACAUAAUCAGAAAGGGCUUAAAGGUCCCCUUGGCGGUCUGGAUGUAAAAAAAUCCGAGAUAGUCUGCUGGCCAGCUGAGCUCACUUCCAUUCUAUGGCAAUUUGAAGUGCGGCGUUCCUGCUUCCUUUUGCAAAUCCUCAAAAGAAUGUCUUGUCCUGGAACUCCAGAGGAAGCCAGUCUAGUUCGAUUUCCACUUUAAUUUUAGCUUCCUUCUUCAAUGAAUUUCCCUCCCCCUGGAAUUCUUGUACGGCCAGGUCAUCCUGAGGUGGAUUAUUGACCAGAAAUGAGGCCACACCGGUGCCCUAAGCUAAGCGGCUUUGAGAAGAAAGACCUCCUGUGGCUGUUGCUCGCGGUUAAAGCCGGUAGGAGGAGGCUGGGAAUUAACUGGCAGGUGAACAGUGUUUGGUAAGCACCCUCCUUAUUCAAGAGUCUUCCAGAAAGGGAGAAGUCUUUGGGACCUCGAGAUCAGCCAACACUACUUGAAUCUAAUCAAGUGGGAAAAGGACUCCUUUUGGGAAGUGGAAAGAGUUUGCAUUUCCAAACGCUUAGCUCACGGAGCCCCCAGAUGAGCCAACGCUGUUCUGUUUGGUUUGAACCAGUCCUUUGCUUUUAUCAAGGUCUUCCAGAAUGUGUUACUCCAAUCACCCCCAUCCCCUGAAGCUAGCAGUGGGAUUAGCUGGUCGGAAUGCCUAGCUAUUGAGAUGGGUGACGGUGCUUGCCACCGAACCUAAUAGCCUGAGCUUGAUCCCUGGUACCCACCUGAUGGAAGGAGAGAACUGAAUCCGGCAAGCUGUCUUCUGACCUCCACAUGUGGAAGAAACCGAGAGCCAGUUAAGCACUCAGAUAAGAAGGAAAACAUCUGUUGGCAUGGGAAAGUGAUUAUUUCCCCAGCUACUGACUGCAGCACAACUGGCCUGGCUGUUUUCAACUCUUGUUUUCUUGUCAGAUUUUGUUCUUUCAGGAAACCUUACAGAAACCUCAACCAUCUGGAACUCAGAAACUCAUUUGGGGCUGACUGUGGCUUCUAGAACAUCCAGGUGUUCUGCAGAUGUGAGAAUUUAUCCUGUAAUCACCAGCUGGAGUCCUAAGCAGAUGCAAGACUUGUGUUGUGGCUCUAGCCUCCUUGAGUGCGGAGGGUCACUUACGAGCUAAGUGGCCCAAGAGUGGUGAUUGACAUUGAUAGUUGAAUGCUGCACCCAGCCAAUCAUCUUAUUAAGCUGUGACGAGAAGACAUCUCCAGGGGACCAAUCCAAUUUAGGGUGACACAUUUCCUGACUCUCUUGGAUUAGGAUUCCAGACGGGGACCUUUUCUCUGUAGUUCUAUCAUUCCUGUAGCCAUUUUUAACACCAGCGGUUUUUGCCAACUAGAACCAUGCUCCUUGGUGCCUUCCUGCACUCAAGGUGAACAAAGAGAAAACUCUUAGAGAAGUCUGUGGUGGUGGCCCGUUAUCACUCGAUCAAGACAACAGGAGUCUGUGUGUGCCACCAUGGGCUGGCUGUUUCUAAAGGUUUUGCUGGUUGGCAUGACUUUCUCUGGAUUUCUCUACCCUCUCGUGGAUUUCUCCAUCAGUGGGAGAACAAGAGCCCCCAAACCAAACAUUGUGAUCAUUUUGGCUGAUGAUAUGGGAUGGGGUGACCUGGGAGCAAACUGGGCAGAAACAAAGGUCACCCCUAAUCUUGACAAGAUGGCUUCUGAAGGAAUGAGGUUUGUAGACUUCCACGCAGCCGCUUCCACCUGCUCUCCUUCGCGAGCCUCCCUGCUGACUGGCCGGCUGGGUCUACGUAACGGAGUCACGCACAACUUUGCCGUCACAUCCGUAGGGGGGCUUCCACUCAACGAGACCACCUUGGCUGAGGUGCUGCAGCCGGCUGGCUAUGCCACUGCCAUGAUAGGCAAAUGGCAUCUUGGGCACCAUGGCCCUUAUCACCCCAAUUUUCGUGGUUUUGAUUACUACUUUGGAAUCCCAUACAGCCAUGACAUGGGCUGCACUGACACCCCCGGCUACAACCACCCUCCUUGUCCAGCAUGUCCCCAGAGUGAUGGCCUAUGGAGAAUCUCUGAAUUGUUUAGCUCACCUGGGGAGAGUCUUGUGUCUGCCAAGAUCUCACACAGGAGCCCCGAGAGGGACUGUUACACAGAUGUGGCCCUUCCUCUCUACGAAAACCUCAACAUCGUGGAGCAGCCGGUGAACCUGAGUGGCCUUGCGCGGAAGUAUACAGAAAAGGCGGCGGAGUUCAUUGAGCAGGCAAGCACCAGUGGAAGACCCUUUCUGCUCUAUGUGGGCCUGGCGCACAUGCAUGUGCCUUUGACUGCAACGCCACCGUUGGAAAACCCACGGAGCCAACGGCUGUACCAUGCAAGUCUCCGCGAGAUGGACAGUCUGGUAGGGCGGAUCAAGGACAAGGUGGACCACGUGGCAAAAGAAAACACGCUCUUCUGGUUUACAGGAGACAACGGCCCAUGGGCUCAGAAGUGUGAGCUGGCAGGCAGCACGGGUCCCUUCUCUGGACUGUGGCAAACCCGUCAAGGCGGAAGUUCAGCCAAGCAGACCACCUGGGAAGGUGGGCAUCGUGUCCCAGCACUGGCUUACUGGCCUGGCAGAGUCCCAGCCAAUGUCACGAGCACUGCCUUGCUAAGCGUGCUGGACGUCUUCCCCACGGCGAUAGCCCUGGCAGGAGCCAGCUUGCCUCCAAACCGGAACUUCGAUGGCCUUGAUGCCUCUGAGGUGCUCUUUGGCAGGUCACAGGCGGGGCACAGGGUACUAUUCCAUCCCAACAGUGGGGCUGCUGGAGAGUAUGGAGCCCUGCAGACCGUCCGCCUGGACCAUCACAAGGCCUUCUACGUUACUGGUGGAGCCAAAGCUUGUGAUGGGAGCAUGGGUCCUGAGCAACACCACACAUCCCCUCUCAUUUUCAACCUAGAAGAUGAUGCCGCAGAAGCUGUGCCUCUACAGAGAGGAAGCUCUGAGUACCAGGCGGUGCUGCCGAAGAUCACCAGGAUUCUUGCAGAUGCCCUUCUUGACAUUGCUCAUGACAACAGCUCCCAGGCAGACUACACUCAGGAUCCUUCAGUGACCCCCUGCUGUGACCCCUACCAAAUUGCCUGCCGUUGCCAAACUGUGUGACUGGUCGUUCUUUUUCCCAUGAGAAAGGUGAUCUGUAAAUUUCAGAGAGGUUAGGUUCACUUCCAAACUUCAUUUUGGACGUGGAUGUCUACUUUAGGAAGGAAGUUGCAGAAUCUGGUUUAGAAGCUGUAACUUUCCCUCUCUCUGUGUAGACUGCCCCCUCCACAGGCAGGUUUGAGAAGCUUCAAGCACUCAUACAGUGGGCAUGGCAUGAUUGAGCUCUAGUGGGCUAUGGAGUCACCGCACAGGUCCAAGUCCUAGGUUUUAAACUUGGGCAAUGACUUAAAUCUCAAUUGCAAGUUGAUUUUGAAGGUUAAUGUGACAUAUGAAGUCGCCUGUGUAUCCCCAGCACCAAGCAGAUCCCAAGCAGGUCCUUAAUGUUUUAGUUUCUCUCUUGUGUCCCCAGUUUCACUGGUCACUGGAGCAGAAACUCAUUCUGGCUGGUAUGUAGAGCUUGGCCGUCUUCAAUACACAUACAGAUCACCAGGGAAUCUUGCAAAAUGCAGAAUCUGGCUCAGGAGAUCUAGAGGGGGGUCUGGGAGACUACACUGUUGCUGGAUUCCUUUGAGAUGCCUUGAGCAGCGCAGAGCUAAACCAAAGUUAGGUCUUCCUAGGCCUUGGAGCAGAAGAACUCAUGGUCCUUCUCUCAUGUAAAUGUUGCAUGGCUACACUAUAAAGAUUCAGGAGUCUGGGGCUGAAGAAAUGGCCCAUCAGUUAAGAGCACUGGAUCUGGGGUCAGUUUCCAAUACCUACAUGGUGGCUUAAACUGUGUAUAAGACUAGUUCUAGGGGACCCACCACUCUCCUCUGGCCUCUGAGGAUGCCAGACAUUCAC